UCAGAAACAAAUUACUAUAUAUACUAGUUAAAAUAUUCACAAGCAGCAAUGGCAACCAAUGGAGAAAACCAAAAUGGAAGACACCAAGAAGUUGGACACAAGAGUCUUUUACAAAGCGAUGCCCUUUAUCAGUACAUUCUUGACACAAGCGUCUAUCCAAAAGAGCCUGAACCCAUGAAAGAGCUAAGAGAGAUUACUGCAAAACACCCUUGGAAUAUCAUGACCACCUCUGCUGAUGAAGGCCAAUUCUUGAGCAUGCUUCUCAAACUCAUCAAUGCCAAGAAUACUAUGGAAAUUGGUGUUUUUAUUGGUUACUAUUUGCUUGCUACUACUAUGGCUCUUCCCGAUGAUGGUCAGAUUCUAGCCAUGAAUAUCAAUCGAGAAAACUAUGAGAUUGGUCUUCCAGUAAUUGAAAAAGUUGGACUAGCUCACAAGAUUGAAUUCAAAGAAGGUCAUGCACUUCCCGUUCUUGACCAAAUGCUUGAAGACGGCAAAUACCAUGAAACAUAUGAUUUCAUAUUUGUGGAUGCUGGUAAAGAAAACUACUUGAAUUAUCACAAGAUAUUGAUUGACUUGGUCAAGAUUGGUGGACUAAUUGGAUAUAACAACACCCUUUGGAAUGGAUCAGUUGUAGCACCUUCUUAUGUACCCCUUAGGAAAUAUGUUAGGUAUUAUAGGGAUUUUUUAUUAGAACCCAACAAGGCAUUGGUUGCUGAUCCGAGAAUCGAAAUCUGCCAACUUUCCGUCGGUGAUGGCAUCACCUUCUGCCACCACAUUGGUUAA